UAAAUACAUGUACAAUACUUUCAUUUAUGUAUUCAACUUAUUCACAUAUACAAGAAGAGAGCAACUGAAAAAUAAAAAAGUAGAAAAAGAAAAUGGAAGCAGGCAAAUUUGUGAGAAUCCCUCUCGGCGCUCUGGUUAUGGGCGUACUCAUUCUGGGGCUGUUUCUAAUGCAGACUCCGGUAGAGGCUAAGAGCUGUUGCAAGAGCACCAUUGGAAGAAACUGCUACAACGCUUGUCGUUUACGUUUUGCGAGGCAAGUUUGUGCAUCAACAUGUAGUUGCAAAAUUGUUGGAGGGAACAGAUGUCCUCCUGGUUACCCUAAAUUAAGCAGUUCUCUAAACUCGGAGGAAUUUGAAGACCAAGCCAACGUGGAGGUGGCAUCUCAAAUCAAUGAGUACUGCAAGUUGGGGUGUGUAGCUUCUGAGUGUGAUAACAAAAUUACUACUCCCCAGAAGUCGGAGGAAGAGGUGGAACGUUGUAACAACGCAUGCUUGGAGAUCUGCAACAAGAAUUCCAAUACUGUAGCUAUUACGGCAUAAAGAGACGUUAUGGCAUGGAGGUACCAAGUCAAUUGAAGCUGUCCUAAUUAUGUCUUAAUUGUUGCCUUUCUAUUUCGAAUGAUUGUGGUGUGUGAGUGUUGCACAUAUUUAUAUCUAGUCGAAUGUGACUGCGGUGCCUUACAAUUUAAGUUGUAAUGCAUAUCCUCUACUAGUUUGCUAUUACAAAUUAAAAAAAUCGUCAUGCAUGUAUGACGAAGAAAGUAAUUACAGUUCGCAAGUAUCAAUAUUACUACUAGAAAAUAUGCAUGUUGAUAUAUGAAGCCAUGAUGUUUCGUGCUUUC